UCCGCUUCCCAGUCAGAGGUUAUGUUGAAUCACAUGACAGUUUCCCCUCGCGUGUGUGGUAGUAUAAUGCUUGUUGACAUUGUCAUUUUUUGAGAGACCGAAGAAGCCGAACCAGCAGAAAGUCCAGCGGGCGCCUCUCUUACAUGCCAAGGCCUUGGCAGUAAACGGGUAUUCGCUAUCACGUCGCCAUGCUGUGCAGAGGACUUACUCGUCAACUUUCUUGCGCCCGAGUGCUUCUGUGCCGACAGUCAACCUUAUCCGACGGCGUGAUCGCAACAGGAGCAGAUAAAAGUCAAAUCGUGAAUGAAAAUGAACUACGGCCAUUAUAUAUGGACUUUCAAGCUACCACACCUAUGGACCCAAGAGUACUGGAUGCUAUGUUGCCAUAUGAGGUGAAUUAUUAUGGAAACCCUCAUUCUAGGACACAUGCUUAUGGAUGGGAGAGUGAAAAAGCUGUAGAAAAAGCAAGAGGGCAAGUUGCUGACCUUAUAGGAGCUGAUCCAAGAGAGGUUAUCUUUACAAGUGGAGCAACAGAAUCAAACAACGUCUCAAUUAAGGGCGUUGCAAGGUUUUACAAGUCCAAGAAGAAACAUGUUAUUACGACACAGACCGAACAUAAAUGUGUGCUAGAUUCUUGCAGAGCCCUGGAAGCAGAGGGCUUUGAAGUCACAUAUCUGCCAGUUCAAAAGAAUGGGCUGAUAGAUUUAAAAGUCUUGGAGGAUGCCAUCCGCCCUGACACAAGCCUUGUGUCUGUUAUGACAGUGAAUAAUGAGAUUGGUGUGAAACAGCCAGUGAAAGACAUAGGCCAUAUUUGCAAGUCGAGGAAUGUUUUUUUUCACACUGAUGCUGCUCAGGCAGUUGGAAAAAUACAUCUGGAUGUUAAUGACCUCAAGAUAGAUUUAAUGUCAAUCAGUGGGCAUAAAAUCUAUGGCCCCAAAGGAGUUGGUGCAGUGUUUGUGCGUCGAAGGCCUCGUGUACGGGUGGAGCCUCUACAGAGUGGUGGUGGACAAGAGAGAGGUCUGCGGUCGGGAACUGUACCCACUGCUUUAGCUGUGGGGCUUGGAGCUGCUUGUGAGAUAGCUAAACAGGAAAUGGAGAGUGAUCAUAAAAGAAUUAAGAUGUUAUCCGAGCGCCUGGUCCAGAAAAUCAUGUCUGAAGUCCCAGAUGUAGUACUGAAUGGGGAUCCAGAGCAGCGAUAUUCAGGUUGUAUCAAUCUGUCGUUUGCCUAUGUUGAAGGAGAAAGCCUACUGAUGGCUCUGAAGGAUGUAGCCCUAUCUUCCGGCAGUGCCUGUACAUCUGCAUCCCUGGAGCCAUCUUAUGUAUUACGAGCAAUUGGCGCAGAUGAGGAUCUGGCACACUCAUCAAUAAGGUUUGGCAUUGGCCGCUUCACUACUGAGGAGGAGGUGGACUACACAGUAAAGAAAUGUGUGCAGCAUGUCAGGAGGUUGAGAGAAAUGAGUCCUUUAUGGGAAAUGGUCCAAGAGGGAAUUGAUUUGAAGAGCAUUAAGUGGACUCAGCACUGAACAGGAAGAAAUGCAUUCAACUUAGAAGAUGUACUUCACUGCUAAAUUUCUGAAAUACCACCUCCUUUGCUAGAGGCUCUGUCGGUGUAUCUUGUUGGGCUCAUUUCAUUCCUGCACACGCACAACUAUUGCUUGAGUGGGAGUUAUCAAAUCACGCACAAAGAAACAGAUGAAUGUUCUAGUUUGGCUUGUAGAACUAUUCUCUUUUACUAAUAUUUGAGACAUAUAGUUUGACAACUGAACUAUUACAGUCCAAGGUUUCAUGCACUACCCUGUUAUGUCAAAGGUUUUAAAAAGAAAUUCAGAAAUUGUACAUGUAACUGAUAAUAUGAAUUUGGACCAGUUUUUAAGAGAUGUUCUGAUACUUGUAGAUGUUAUUGAAAAUAUAAUACAAAUAUAUAUUUUUCAUUGUAUGCCAUACUUCAUAAAGAGUGUAUGGUGUGCACUGUGUUUGCUUUAUUCUUUAGAGCUGUGGGAAUCAUUCAUACAGUAUAUCGCUUCUCAUUUAUCUUAAACAUAUGCAAUAAUGUCUGUGUAGCCUUCUGUUAUAAAAUGUGUAUCUGACCAUUAGUAACUGUAAAUUUGUUCUUUUAUAAUGACCGAAUAAAUGUGUUGCUUGCUUUG